AUGACUGCCUUGGAGGAGGCGCCGUUGUCUGUGCGGAUCGCCCGCAUCGCCGGUCGAUACCUAGUCUUCGAACACGAGGCGGCAGCCGCGCUGCGUCGACACGUUAACACCAACGGUGUGCUUGUCGGCACGGCGCCGCAGCAGCCGACGCAGAACAUCUUUCUGGGCCUGCCCGUCGAGCUGCGGCCCGAGGAGGCCGUGGCCCUCGUGCGCAAGGGCGCCGCGUAUGUCGUAGAUGGCGCCACCGCCCACCGGGAUACCCUCCAGUCGUACCGGGACCCGGCCAGGCGACAAGCGUAUAUAGAGUCUCUCCAAAGACAAAAAGAAGCGGCGCAAGCAGCUCUCGCUGAGCGCAGCGCGCUACGAGCCGCCGAGGUGGCCGAUAAACUGAAACGCGGCAAGAACAAGAAGGGCGCGGCUGCAGCGGCAGCAGCAGCGGCAGCAGCCACCGCCGCUUCCAAAGACUCCCCAGAACCAGCAGACGGCAGCGUCGCACCGUCAUCGUCACAAGUAAAAUCAAUUGGCAUCACGCCCACCUCCAGCACCGACCUCGUACCGGCCGACGCGUUCGCCCAGCAGCGCCGCGAGCCCUCGCGGGAUGAGGCCGCGCCGCUGUGCGCGCACCUGCUCGACCGCGGCUACCACAUGACGCCCGGCCUGCGCUUCGGCGCCCAGUACAGCGUGUACCCCGGCGACCCGCUGCGCUUCCACGCGCACUUCAUGGCCAGCCAGUACGCCUGGGACGAGCCAAUCCCCAUCCUGGACAUCGUCGCCGGCGGUCGGCUCGCCACGGCCGUCAAGAAGGCGUUCCUACUUGGCGGCGAGCAGCCCGCCGAGGACAAGGACAGCGCGAAGCCCCCGGUCGUCAGAACAUUUUGCUUGGAAUGGGCGGCCAUGUAA